CGACAGACACCCACCGUUCGCCUGCUUUCGCAUCGUCCUCUUGGCUGGAAGCGUCCGCGGCUCGGCGCACCGAAUCCCAACCACCGGUAGUGCCGCAUAUACAUCGCCCUGCCGCUCGGCCCGGCUCGCGACAAGCAAGCUGAUCACCUGAGCAAGCUCGGUGAGGCCAAGCAGAGCGGCGCUCCAGUUCCAGCCAGGCCCCGGAGAUAUGCAGAUGCGGCGGUGAGGGCCGGGCCGGCAGCAGUGGUGCCUAGCUAGAAGCGUACGUAGGGGCGGGCCCAGCCAUGUGGGCGCCGUCGCGGGGGUCGUCGUCGGGGAGCGGGCGAAGGACCUGGCGCCGGCGCAUCGCGGACUACCUCGCCGACGACCAGACCGACGUGUCGGACAAUGAGUCCUUCAUCACGGCGCACAGCGACGAGCACGCCGCCCCGGCGUCCGGCGCCGGGGGAAUGCUGCCGGCGUUCCUCGCGGACCAGGGCGACCUCGUGGAGGUGAUGCUGGAGCUGGACGAGGAGUCCAUGGUGGUGCGCAGCGUCACGCCCACCGCCGCCGCGCUGUGCGGGCCCACGUCGCUGCCCCUGCCCGGCGCGCGGAGCCUGAGCCGGUGCUCGUCCACGUCGUCGCGGAUUCGCCGGAAGUUCGCGUGGCUGCGGUCGCCGUCGCCGCGCCCCCCGGCCGCGACCGCGGCGUCCGACCAGCAGGUGGUGGUGCGGGAGGCGGCGCUGGCGGCCCGCGAGCGGCGCCGCGCCCAGGCCCGCCUGGACCGGUCGCGGUCCGGGGCCAGGCGCGCGCUCAAGGGCCUCCGGUUCAUCAGCCGCACCACGGGCUCCUCCGACGCCGACGCCGGCGCCGGCGCCGGGCUCUGGCGCGGCGUGGAGGAGCGCUUCAACGCGCUCGCGACCGACGGCCUCCUCGCCCGCGACGACUUCGGCGACUGCAUCGGGAUGGUGGACUCCAAGGAGUUCGCCGUGGGCAUCUUCGACGCGCUGGCGCGGCGGCGGCGCCAGAACCUGGAGCGGAUCAGCAAGGACGAGCUCUACGAGUUCUGGCUGCAAAUCUCCGACCAGAGCUUCGACGCGCGCCUCCAAAUCUUCUUCGACAUGGUGGACACCAACGUGGACGGUAGGAUCACGAGGGAGGAAGUGCAAGAGCUGAUCGUUCUGAGCGCGUCGGCGAACAAGCUGUCAAAACUCAAGGAGCAGGCUGAGGAGUACGCGUCCCUGAUCAUGGAGGAGCUCGAUCCGGAGAACCUUGGCUACAUAGAGCUGUGGCAGCUGGAGGCGCUGCUCCUGCAGCGCGACGCGUACAUGACCUACAGCCGGCCGAUGAGCAGCGGCAGCGCGGCGCAGUGGAGCCAGGGCCUGAGCGGCGGCGCGGGCGCGGGCGGGCAGCCGUCGGCGCAGCAGCAGCAGGGCGUCGCGUCGCGGUGGCGGCGGUGGAGCCCGCGUCGCGCGGCGGCGCGGGCGCGCGUGGCGGCGGCGGAGAGCUGGCGGCGCGCGUGGGUGCUGGCGCUGUGGGUCGCGGCCAUGGCGGCGCUGUUCGCGUGGCGGUUCGUGCAGUACCGGCGGUCGGCGGCGUUCCGGGUGAUGGGGUACUGCCUCCCCACGGCCAAGGGCGCCGCCGAGACGCUCAAGCUCAACAUGGCGCUCGUGCUCCUCCCCGUGUGCCGCAACACGCUGACGUGGCUCCGCUCCACCUGGGCGCGCUUCUUCGUCCCCUUCGACGACAGCAUCGCCUUCCACAAGAUCAUCGCGACGGCGAUCGCGCUGGGCAUCUGCCUGCACGCGGGGAACCACCUGGCGUGCGACUUCCCGCGGCUGAUCGCGUCGGCGCCCGAGGAGUACCGUCUGGUGGCGCGCUUCUUCGGGCGGGACAGGCCCAGCUACCGCGGGCUCCUGGCGGGCGCGGAGGGCGUGACGGGGAUCGUCAUGGUCACGCUCAUGGCCGUGUCCUUCACCCUGGCCACGCGGCCGUUCCGGAAGCGGGAGGAGGCCAGCAGGGACAAGAAGAAGGCGGCGGCCUGCGCAUGCAGGGGCGUCCCGCUCGCCGGCUUCAACGCCUUCUGGUACUCGCACCACCUGCUCAUCGUCGUCUACCUCCUGCUCCUCGUCCACGGCUGGUUCAUGUUCCUCGUCGACAAGUGGUACCAGAGGACGACGUGGAUGUACAUUUCUGUGCCGCUGGCGCUUUACGUCGGGGAACGGACGCUACGGGCCUUCCGAUCCAAGGCCUACGCAGUCAAGAUUCUCAAGGUGUGCCUCCUGCCGGGGAACGUCCUGACCGUUACCAUGUCGAAGCCCUACGGGUUCCGCUACAGGAGCGGGCAGUACAUAUUCCUCCAGUGUCCAACAAUCUCCCCGUUCGAGUGGCACCCUUUCUCCAUCACCUCAGCUCCCGGAGACGACUGCGUCAGCGUCCACGUCCAGACCAGGGGCGACUGGACACAGGAGCUCAAGCGCAUCUUCGUCGAGAACUACUUCACGCCGUGCGUGCCCAGACGGGCUGCCUUCGGGGACCUAGGCGCGGUGGACCACAAGACCAAGAGCCCGCCGAGGUUGCUGGUCGACGGCCCCUACGGCGCCCCCGCGCAGGACUUCAGGAACUACGACGUGCUGCUCCUCGUCGGCCUCGGGAUCGGCGCCACGCCCUUCAUCAGCAUCCUCAGAGACCUCCUCAACAACAUCAAGCUGGCCGACGAGCUCAUGGACCUGGCAAUGGAGACCGGCCGGGCCGAGGACAGCGCCAGCAACCUGAGCGCGUCGACGGCGAGCGGCGGCGGCAACAAGAGGAGGGCGUACCGAACGACCUGCGCCCACUUCUACUGGGUCACGAGGGAGCCUGGGUCGUUCGAGUGGUUCAAGGGGGUGAUGAACGAGGUCGCCGAGAUGGACAAUAAGGGUGUCAUUGAGCUGCACAACUACCUGACAAGCGUGUACGAGGAGCGAGACGCGAGGACGACUCUGCUGUCCAUGGUGCAGGCCCUCAACCACGCCAAGCAUGGCGUCGACAUUGUGUCAGGGACAAGGGUCAGGACACAUUUUGCAAGGCCUAACUGGAAAGAAGUAUUUACGAGGAUAGCGUCCAAGCACCCAAAUUCUACAGUCGGGGUAUUUUACUGUGGGAGACCUACACUUGCCAAAGAACUGAAGAAACUGUCACUUGACAUGAGCCACAGAACGGGAACCCGAUUUGAUUUCCACAAGGAGUACUUCUGAUGGAAAAUACAAGUGCCCCUGAUUUCUUUUAGUACUAGAAGAUACAGAUAAAAAAAUUCACAAAUUUUGCGUAGAAGCGAACUGAUCCUCUUUCACAGUAUGUAAAUGUACAUGGUAUAAAGCAGAGAGUAGUUAGAAACGUUUUUUUUUCUUUCUUAACCAAAUGGGAGGGUGAAAAUAUGUCCUGCGCUUUCAGACAGCCAUUGGUUACUGCAGAUAUAACUGUAUAGAUCAUAUCAUUGUAUGCUAAGCAUGCAAGAGACUUGAGGCCAACAAUCUGAAUGCGUAUCACUCAAUUAACUGGUCGUGUUUACUUUA